ACAGCGACUAUGGCGCCCGCGGCCCCUGAACGAACGGAGGACCAGGCUGGGAGGCGGCAGCGCGGCCUCGCCCUGAGUAAGGCAAAAGAAUGAAAGAAGUAGAUAAUCUCGAAAGUAUAAAAGAAGAAUGGGUUUGUGAAACAGGGUCUGACAACCAACCUCUUAGUGAUGAUCGACAAAGAAAUUGUGAAUAUUUUGUUGACAGCCUUUUUGAGGAAGCUGAGAAGGUUGGUGCCAAAUGCAUGUCUCCCACUGAACAGAAGAAACAGGUCGAUGUAAGUAUAAAAUUAUGGAAAAAUGGAUUCACAGUCAAUGAUGAUUUCAGAAGUUACUCUGAUGGUGCAAGUCAGCAGUUUCUGAACUCCAUCAAAAAAGGGGAAUUACCUUUGGAAUUACAGGGAAUUUUUGAUAAAGAGGAGGUGGAUGUUAAAGUUGAAGACAAAAAAAAUGAAGUGUGUAUGUCAACGGAGCCUGUGUUCCAGCCCUUCUCAGGACAGGGUCACAGACUGGGAAGUGCCACACCAAAAAUUGUUUCUAAGGCAAAGAGUAUCGAAGUUGAGAAUAAAAAUAAUUUGUCUGUUGUUUAACUAAACAAUCUGGAACCCAUCACUAAUGUACAGAUCUGGUUAGCCAAUGGAAAAAGCAUUGUCCAGAAAUUUAACAUUUC